AUUAAAGGUGAUCAAUGGGAUUCCUGAGUCUUUUUGUUGUGGCACUAGUGCCAAUUCUCAAAGUGCUCUUGGUUACCGGCGUUGGUUUGCUCAUUGCCUUGGAACGUAUUGAUCUCUUGGGGGCAAAUGCACGGCGUAAUCUGAAUGCUGUAAGUGAAUAAAUUUGAUUUCAAUUCAGGCGUUUUUUUUCUCUGGGCCUACAAAACAUGCAAUAUAUAUUAAUCGAAGAAAAUUUAUAUAUGUAGAUAUAUAUAGUCUAGGUCAAGUACAGUCGGUGGAAAAUGAGUCAAAUGACUUCAUGAGGGGUUCCAUCAAUCUAAUAAUCUCCAGUUUUUGGUGGGCGAAACACAGCUAUAACAGAUGAGAGCAGUGGGCAAUUGGGCAUGUCCAUAGAAGCCAUUCACACUUUCUUGCUACUGCCUUUUGGAUUUUACAAAUCUUUUAGUAGAGAAAGAGAGAAAGGGUGUAUAAGUGGGACCGUGGAAGACCGAAGAGCCUUUAGAAGAGAACCCCGUCGCCACGACCACCUCUUUCGCCUCUCACAAACACCACAUCAAGUACUCUAUCAAUCACUCCAUGCAUGUAUAAUAUAUAGUUAAAUCCAAAAAUAAAACUACAAGCGGAAAUGUUUUUGAAAAUUCGCUUUAUAUGCACAUUAAAGCACCUACCCUUCAUCAGGACUCGCCCGUCCUCUCCUUCUUAAUUGGGUUUGAAGAUCUACCAAUCUUGUUGGUAAUUCAACUCAAAAGUAUUGCCAGAAGGACUGAGGAAUUCUAGAAUCGUACAAGAUCAAGGAAAUAUUAAAUGCAAUUCUUGCUUUUCAAUUUUGGGGAUGUAGUUCACUGUGUGGUGCUAGGUUGCGACAAAUGGUGGUCGUAUUUGGGAAGGUGAAAGAAAAAGGUGCCACCACCAUGGAAGCAAGGAGUGGUUUGGUUUUUCUUCUAUUUUGAUGAUUGGGUUUGCUGCAGAAGGUGAGGGUGUUAUCUUGGUUUCCAUAUAGGCAUUGAAGCACACGUGAGGGGACUUUGUUUCCAUGUAGGCGUUAAUGCACAUUGGGAGGCGAGCUUCGAACUAACCCAUUAAUGCUGCUGUUGGGCAGCUCUGUUUCAAAAUUUUAAUUUGAUUUGAGGUCCCUGUCACAACUCAUCAGGCCUGUCCUCAGAUUAGGUCAAUGUGAUUUACUCACACAGACAACCUUUGAAGAGGGGAAUUUAAUGAAGCUUUAGUUCCCCUAUUCUAGUAUCUUUGACAUCAGUCAAGAAUAAAACACUUCUUUCUCUGGUUUGAAGACUCUGAUCUUCUAUAGGCCCGCAGCAGUGCAAGUACUUGAGAUAUCGUUUUUUAUGUAUUCAAUCCGGCACUCGUAUCUAGCAACCUGGCUAAAACAAUUACAUUUAGCAGUUUGGUUACGAUGUGGUUCAUGCCGGUCAAUAUACUUCUGACUUUUGUCAUUGGCUCAGCACUAGGAUGGGUACUUAUAAAAAUCACCAGAACUCCCCAACAUCUGCAAGGCCUUGUGCUUGGCUGUUGUUCUGCAGGAAAUUUGGGGAACUUGCUUCUUAUUAUCAUCCCAGCAAUCUGUGAGGAGGAAGACAACCCCUUUGGAGAUUCUGACUGCUCUACAAAUGGGGAAGCUUAUGCUUCCCUUUCUUUGGCGAUAGGUGCUAUUGGCAUUUGGUCUUAUGUGUAUACCAUUAUGAGGAUAUCUGCAAAUAAGUGCAAAAAAGAAAUCAAUUUAGAUGACUCCACAAUCAGCAUAAGAACGUCUGGAGAAACCCUGGAAAUAUUAUCAGAGGGUUGCACAGAAGCAUUGCUUCCUUCAAAGGAUUGCCCAAGCUCCAGGGAAUGUUCAGAUGAAGUUGAACUGGCUCAUGCUGGAUCUGAGGGAAAACAAAAGGUGCCGUUCCUAGAGAAGAUUAAGCAGCAAGUUGAGAUACUUAUGGAAAAGAUUGACCUGAAGAAGGUGUUUGCCCCAUCUACUAUUGGAGUGAUUGUUGGUUUCUUCAUUGGAUUAAUCUCUCCAAUCCGAAAGCUAAUUAUUGGUGAUAGUGCUCCUCUUCAUGUGAUUGAGAGUUCUGCAUAUUUUGUGGGGGAGGCAGCAGUCCCAUCUACCACCUUGAUAAUGGGAGCAAACCUUCUUAAAGGUUUAAAAGGGUCAGACGUUAGCAUUGUUGUGAUUUUAGGGAUUAUGGCAGUUCGGUAUAUUGCUUUGCCUCUGUUGGGUGUUGUUGUUGUUAAAGCUGCACAUCAUUUUGGCCUGGUGGGAUCAAAUUCAUUAUUCCAGUUUGUUCUUAUGCUUCAAUAUGCACUUCCACCUGCCAUGAGCACUGGUACAAUGAGCCAGUUGUUUGAGUUUGGUCAAAGUGAAUGUUCGGUUAUCAUGCUAUGGACUUAUGCGGUUGCAGCAUUCAGUCUGACACUCUGGUCUAGCUUCUUCAUGUGGCUUGUAUCUUGAUUUGUAUUUUCCAUUUUUCCCACUUAGGUAUUGGACAUAUUUAGAGGAAUGGGGUACUACCUUAUUUCAGCGGUAGAGGAUGGGGUGUGUGAUUUAUAUUUUUUAUGCUACAAUGAGUGUAUUUGAAUCAUAUUCCAAUGCUAGUAUUUUCUGUCA